GCCUCCAUGAGCUCCGAGAUCGGGGCCCCGGUGCCUCGCAGCCCGGCCUUGAUGAACCAGCCGCCGCCUCCGCUGCCUCCCUCCGCCCUGGAGACGUCCAGCACGGGCAGCAGCACCUCUACAACCCCCGGCGGCGGCGGCGGCGGCGGUGGAGGCAACAACUCGGGCGGCUGCGCUUCCGCCUCCGCGCCCUCCAAACCCAAGAAGGCCAGCUCGGGGCUGCGGCGUCCGGAGAAGCCGCCUUACUCCUACAUCGCGCUGAUCGUGAUGGCCAUCCAGAGCUCGCCUUCCAAGCGGCUGACGCUGAGCGAGAUCUACCAGUUCCUGCAGGCCCGCUUCCCUUUCUUCCGCGGCGCCUACCAAGGCUGGAAGAACUCGGUGCGGCACAACCUCUCCCUCAACGAGUGCUUCAUCAAGCUGCCCAAAGGGCUGGGCCGGCCGGGCAAGGGUCACUACUGGACCAUCGACCCAGCCAGCGAGUUCAUGUUCGAGGAAGGCUCCUUCCGACGACGCCCGCGGGGCUUCCGAAGGAAAUGCCAGGCGCUCAAGCCCACCAUGUACCACCGCAUGGUCAACGGGCUCAGCUUCCUCCCGCAGGGCUUCGACUUCCAAGCCGGGCCGGCCGCCCCUCUGGGCUGCCACCCCAGCGGCUACAACCCUCUGGACGUCAUGCAGGCCGGCGCUGCCUACGACGCCCACCACGUCCCGCACAUGUCGCCUAACCCGGGCUCCACGUACAUGGCCAGUUGCCCGGUGCCGUCCAACGGGCCGGAUUACGGGCCGGAUAGCAGCAGCAGCCCAGUGCCUUCCUCGCCUGCCAUGGCCAGCGCCAUCGAGUGCCACUCGCCCUACGGCAGCCCUGCCGGACACUGGACCGCCUCGGCGGCCUCGCCCUAUCUCAAGCAGCAGGCCCUGCAGCCGCCGCCGCCGCCGCCGCCGCCCGCCGCCGCCCCUGCCGGCAUCCACUCGGGAAUGGCCUCCUAUUCGCUGGAGCAGAGCUACCUGCACCAAAACGGCAGGGAAGACCUCUCAGUGGGCCUGCCUCGGUACCAGCACCACCCCAGCCCGGUGUGCGACCGGAAGGAUUUCGUCCUCAAUUUCAACGGCAUCUCGUCCUUCCACCCAUCGGCCAGCAGCUCUUACUACCACCACCAUCACCACCACCACCAAACCGUCUGCCAGGACAUCAAGCCCUGUGUGAUGUAA